UCAUCUCUUGAAGCAAAUUGAAUACAAAAAGAAAUCAAAACAAGAGAAAGAGCAAUCAGAAUGUGUAAAGCCUUUAUACAUGUUCAUCAGUGGUGUAGGUGGUACCGGUAAAUCUUUUCUUAUUGAGGCAAUUAAAGCAUUAGUAAAAAGCUAUUGGUCAACACUGACCAAACGGACUUGUGCAGUAGCUGCUCCAACAGAAUUAGCAGCUUACAAUAUGGGAGAUGUAACAGCACAUAGACUGUUUCAACUGCCAAUAGAACAUGAAGGACAAUGUAUCUCAUACGGGUCACUCCCCAAAACUAGUCAUAAAGUAAUGAAAACUGAGCUUCAAGGUUUGAAAAUGGUAAUCAUUGAUGAAGUGUCCAUGGUUUCUAGCCUCAAUUUGACUUAUAUACACAUGAGAAUGAAUGAUCGAUUUGAAUCGGACGAAUGGUUUGGUGGUAAGAGUGUCCUUUUUGUUGGUGACAUUCUUCAAUUGCCACCAGUUCAUGGUGAACCAGUGUUUGAACAAGUAACAGCAAAAACAUUGAAAUACAGGCUUGGUAGUAUGGGUGCAGUAAACAUAUGGCGUGAUGCUGUCACUUACGACGAAUUGACUAUAAACGAAAGACAAAAAACUGACCAGAAAUUUUCAGAAAUAUUGGACAAAGUGAGACGUGGCUUUCCAGACGAUCAGACUCUUGCUACACUUUCCAAAAGAGUAUUUUCAAUGUCCAUUUCAAAAAAAUUAAAAAUAUUACAAGAGGCUGGUAAUGCUCCUGUUUGCCAGUUUCCUAAAGUAGAUAUGUGCAGAGAAUUUAAUGAGGAAAUGCUAGAUGAUCUACCAAGUCCAACUAAGGACAUAGAAGCCACAACUUUAAUUGAUGCAACUGUUACUAUACAUAGAAAGUGUGGCCAUUUAGAACAAAAAGUCGAGAAAAAGUUGGAAAAAUUAAACAAGGAUAUUAACAAUACUGGAAGCCAAUUUAAAAUUGGCAGUGGGGGCUAA